CAGAAUGAAGCUGACUUUGCUGCUGAUCGUUUGCUUUUGCCUUUUUGGACUGGCCCUAGGCAAUCCAAUUGUGGCCACCAAGCCGCCAUUUAUUCGCAGUCGCUAUAGUUUGCGCUGGCGAAAGACAACCACCGUGGUUCCGGAGGCAGCCGUUAAUAUAGUCACCACCACCGAUCAUCCCAACUUGGCCACCUCCACCGCCAAUGCGGACUACGAUUAUUAUGGGAAUGGUGAGGCCGAAAAUGUCGUGCACAAGUAA